AUGGAUAAUCAAAUUAAUGAAAAUGAAAAUGAAGAAGGUGAACAGACGGUAUGCGGAGAAAUUAGGGAAAGGGUGGAGCAAAUGGUGAUAGUGUCGAAGGACAUAAAGAAAUUUGUGUUGGAUGAUUCCAACAAAAUUUCUAAAGUGGCUUCGUCAUAUAUUCUAGACAAGGUAGCGGUAAUGGAGGAAAUAAUAGGAAAACUGAUAGCGGAGAGAGCGGAAGCUAGGGGUAGGGCGGAGGAAUGCAGAGCGUUAAUAAAAUUAAUGGCGGCGAUGCCUAGUGUGAGUAGCACACCGGUAUCACAGGCUAGUACGAGCAGUAAGGUGGUACAGCCUGCGAAACAGAAGGUGGAAGUAAAGACUUUUGCGGUUGCGGUAAAAAGCGAUAAGGAUGUAACAGAUGCGGAAUUAUUGGAGGAUUUGUACAAUAAGAACGGAAUGUCUAGGGUGACAGUGGAAGAUUUUAACAAAUGGGUUAAAGUAGAGAGUCGGAAGAAAAUGAGGCACGAAUUGGAUAACGUAAUAUUGAAUUUAAAUGACGAGAUUGCGGAAUAUUGGAUAGGAAAAGAAUAUGUAUAUGUAGGGUGGAAGUCUUGUAAAGUGAAGGAGGUUGAUAUUGUGAAGAGAUGUUUUAAAUGUUGCAGUGUGCAUCUUAGGGCGGAUCAGUGCAAGGAAAGAGGCCUACAUGAGCAUACAUACAAACCAUAUGGUUCUCCAUCAUUCAAGAAUUCCGAUGAAAUUAGGAUUGCUGUCAAUUUUCAAGAUUUGAUACUGGAUAUUGCUGAAAGCUACAUUUAUAUCGAGGGAAAAUUCAUCCCGAACGAUUUAGCAAAAACCUGCCAUCUGUCCAAUAAUGCGCUCGCAUUUCUGUUCGAUGAAAUCCGUUAUGAAAUGGGUGGCGAACAGGUGUGUUUGAUUCGAAAACCGGGCAUUACCACUACAAUGAAAAGUAUGAUAUCUUAUGGUGAGACAAGCACCAAAUUUUUAGACACGGUUGGAUGGGGUCUCGAUGAAAAUAAACAGGUGAUUCUAGAUACACCCAGUCAUACAUUCAGCGGAAAACUACCGCUUAAAUUUUUAAUGGGGUUUGCAGAGGACUAUAAUAAAGGAAUUCUGAAUAUAAAGCAGGAGCUUAUACUCAUCAUAGCACGCUCAUUCAAAAACUCCUAUAUGGGGGAAGUUGAUGCGAAUGUGACGAUCAACAAAAUCGAAUGGAAGAUAAGGCAUGUGAUGCCGUCCGAUAGGCAGAAAUUGAAGUUGUUGAAUCGAUUGAAUAAAAGUUCUACAGCAAAAAUCAAGUUAGCAUACAGGAUGUGGGAUUUGUAUGAGUUACCGGCCAUUCGUGAAACAGCUUCAGAUAUUUGGGCUAUCAAAACAACUAGUAGCCUCGAGCGCCCGCGAUACAUCAUUAUCGGUUUUCAAAGCUCCGAUAAUACAGAUGAUAGAUCCAAGGACGCUACGAAAUUCAUUCACGCAGGAGUGAAUAAUAUUCGCCUUUACUUGAAUUCAGAAGUUUACCCAUAUGAGCGCUGGAAUUUGGAUUUUGACAGAAAGUUAGAUGCUGUGGCUUACUAUGCAUACGAAAAUUUCCAACGUAGUUACUAUGGCAAAGAUAUUUGUGAACCAAUGAUGAGUAUUGAGGAGUUCCGAAAAAAUCCGUUAUUCAUCAUCGACUGCUACCACCAACCCGAUGCGAUGAAAACUUCUACUGUCGACAUCAAAUUGGAGUUUGAAACCCGCGAAACGAAGUUUCCACCAAACACAAAGCUGAUCGAAUCGCUGAUGGUCGGCCACCAAAUCGCUGGUCUGCCUGAAGAUAGGUUUCGGCGGCUGGCUCUCGAAUUCCAUAGUCCAUGGUUGGUCGGACCCAGGAGAUGA